GCGGCGGCGUGUGAUAUCCUUCCGCUGUUGCGUGAAGCGGCUCCUUCCUUUCCAACAGCAGCCUGAGAGCGAGCGAAAACUGCUGCUCUGACAAAAUAAAUAAAUAUAUCUGUUGAAGAAUUAAAAAAUACGAAUAUAUACAAGGUACACACACGCUGGGGGAAACCUUGGGAGGAUUGUAUCGCUCCAUUUUCUUGUGUGUCCCUUUUUAAUGGCUUAUUGAUUGAAUAAGCAACGAAAAGAUAAUCCGGGUUGUGUCAGGCUAGGCGGAUCCGCUCGGGCAGAAUGGAGCUCAUCACAAUCCUCGAGAAAACCGUCUCUCCAGACCGCAAUGAACUGGAAGCAGCGCAGAAAUUUUUGGAGCGGGCAGCAAUUGAGAACUUGCCCACCUUCCUUGUGGAACUCUCAAAAGUGCUUGCAAACCCAGGAAACAGCCAGGUUGCCCGCGUCGCCUCUGGCCUACAGGUCAAGAACUCGCUGACUUCCAAGGACCCUGAUGUGAAAACGCAGUACCAGCAGAGAUGGCUCGCCAUCGACGCCAACGCAAGAAGGGAAGUCAAGAACUAUGUGCUGCAAACCUUGGGCACAGAAACGUACAGGCCCAGUUCAGCCUCCCAGUGCGUGGCUGGCAUCGCCUGUGCGGAGAUCCCAGUAAACCAGUGGCCUGAACUCAUUCCCCAACUUGUAGCAAAUGUCACAGACCCCAGCAGCACUGAACACAUGAAGGAGUCCACACUGGAAGCUAUCGGAUACAUCUGCCAGGACAUUGACCCAGAGCAGCUGCAGGACAAUGCGAAUCAGAUCCUAACGGCCAUCAUCCAGGGCAUGAGGAAAGAGGAGCCCAGCAACAAUGUCAAACUGGCAGCUACCAACGCCCUGCUCAAUUCCUUGGAGUUCACCAAAGCAAACUUCGACAAAGAGACCGAGAGACACUUUAUUAUGCAAGUAGUCUGUGAAGCAACACAGUGUCCAGACACGAGAGUCCGAGUAGCUGCCUUACAGAACCUGGUGAAGAUCAUGUCCCUGUAUUAUCAGUACAUGGAGACAUACAUGGGUCCAGCUCUGUUUGCAAUUACAAUCGAAGCGAUGAAGAGUGACAUUGAUGAGGUGGCCUUGCAAGGAAUUGAGUUCUGGUCAAAUGUAUGUGAUGAGGAGAUGGACUUGGCUAUUGAAGCAUCCGAGGCAUCUGAGCAAGGAAGACCCCCAGAGCAUACCAGCAAAUUCUAUGCCAAAGGAGCCCUUCAGUACCUGGUGCCCAUUCUCACACAGACCCUGACUAAACAGGAUGAGAAUGACGACGAUGAUGACUGGAACCCCUGCAAGGCGGCAGGCGUGUGCCUCAUGCUGCUGGCGACCUGCUGCGAGGACGACGUCGUGCCCCACGUGCUGCCCUUCAUCAAGGAGCACAUCAAGCACCCUGACUGGAGGUACCGGGACGCCUCAGUCAUGGCUUUCGGAUCCAUCCUCGAGGGACCGGAGCUCAACCAGCUCAAACCGCUCGUCAUUCAGGCCAUGCCCACGCUGAUCGAGCUGAUGAAGGAUCAGAGCGUGGUGGUCCGGGACACCACUGCCUGGACGGUGGGCCGAAUCUGUGAGCUGCUCCCUGAAGCCGCCAUCAACGAGGUCUACCUGGCUCCACUGCUGCAGUGCCUGAUCGACGGGCUGGGCGCGGAGCCCAGGGUGGCCUCCAACGUGUGCUGGGCUUUUUCCAGCUUGGCAGAAGCUGCGUAUGAGGCUGCUGAUGUGGCUGAUGAUCAGGAGGAGCCAGCCACUUACUGCUUAUCCUCCUCGUUUGAGCUGAUUGUACAGAAACUUUUGGAGACCACAGACAGGCCUGAUGGACAUCAGAACAAUUUGAGGAGUGCGGCGUAUGAAGCCCUGAUGGAGAUUGUGAAGAACAGUGCGAAGGACUGCUACCCAGCUGUACAGAAAACUACUCUGGUCAUCAUGGAGAGGCUGCAGCAAGUGUUGCAGAUGGAGUCUCAUAUUCAAAGCACAUCCGACAGAAUCCAGUUCAACGACUUGCAGUCUCUGCUCUGCGCCACGCUCCAGAACGUUCUGCGCAAGGUGCAGCACCAGGACGCCCUGCAGAUCUCGGACGUGGUGAUGGCGUCUCUGCUGAGAAUGUUCCAGAGCACCGCGGGCUCCGGGGGGGUGCAGGAGGACGCGCUCAUGGCGGUCAGCACUCUCGUCGAAGUGUUGGGCAGUGAUUUCUUGAAAUACAUGGAAGCCUUUAAACCUUUCCUAGGUAUUGGGCUGAAAAAUUAUGCAGAAUAUCAGGUUUGCCUUGCUGCAGUGGGGCUAGUCUGUGAUCUGUGCAGAGCUCUAAUGACAAAUAUCUUGCCGCAUUGUGAUGAGAUCAUGCAACUACUGCUGGAAAACCUGGGGAAUGAGAACGUGCACAGGUCUGUGAAGCCCCAGAUUCUCUCUGCGUUUGGUGACAUUGCCCUGGCCAUCGGUGGAGAGUUCAAGAAGUACCUCGAUAUUGUGCUGGACACUCUCCAGCAGGCCUCCCAAGCACAGGUCGACAAGACGGACUAUGACAUGGUGGAUUAUCUGAAUGAAUUGCGGGAGGGGUGUCUGGAGGCGUACACAGGCAUCAUUCAAGGGCUGAAAGGCGACCAGGAAAAUGUGCAUCCGGAUGUCAUGUUGGUGCAGCCUCGCGUAGAAUUUAUUCUUUCCUUCAUUCACCACAUUGCUGAAGAUGAGGAUCACUCCGAUGGAGUAGUGGCUAAUGCUGCUGGCCUUAUAGGUGAUCUGUGCACAGUGUUUGGUAAAGAUGUCAUGAAGUUAGUGGAGGUGAGGCCUAUGAUUCAUGAACUGCUAACCGAGGGGAGAAGAUCAAAGACGAGCAAAACUAAAACUCUCGCUACAUGGGCUACAAAGGAGCUUCGGAAACUAAAGAAUCAGGCUUGAUUUCAUACCAUUGGAAAAAUGUCUUGAGAGAACAAAAAUCAAAGCUGAAGUGAGGAGUGUGCACGGAUGAGUGUUUGGGAAUGUGAGAGAAUGAGUGAGUGAGGCUUGCAAUCACACCACCUUCUGAAUACUAUUUCAGCAGCAGCCGUCAUAGCCUCGGCAAUGUGUCCACUCACUGAAAUGCUGAAUUCAGUCGAAAAAGUAACUGGACAGCUGCAACCGGCAACAGUUCAAGAACGAAAACGAAAAUCUUCAAAACAAAAAGGUUGACCAAAACUAUAAAUUUAACAGCCAAACUUGGAGUUAAAAAUUUAAGCCGGUCGUACAGAAGCUCUCACUGAAGAAUGGAAAUCCUGGAUUUGAAAAUAUAAAAACUUCAAAGUAGUAAUAAUAAAAAAAUGGAAGAUUUUUUUUUCUAAAUGGAACUUGCUGCUGGAGUUCAAGGAAGCUUAAACAAGAAAAUUGGAUUCCCUAGCCCAGCUUCUGUAACCUUUCUUUAAACCAUUGUGCUGUUUUAUGCAUGAGAAAUCUUGCAAGCUGGUUUGUGAGGGUUCGUUCCAGUUGAGAGAGAGAGUGCGUGUGUGUGAGUGAGGAGGUAUCUACUUUCUUCACAUCAAUAUAAAAUUAAAAAAAUAAAUAUACUUCGCAAAUAAAUAAGUUGGCGAACGCAUUUCAGAAAUGAUUGGGUCCAGUCAACUAAUGGCAGCACAAGAGAAAUUGAAAAACUAAAGUUGCUUUUCUUGUUCUGUAGGAGAACCGCUGACGAAUGUUCAGAGCUUCCUUUUUAAGGUUUAAAGCAAGGUUAAUAACCGGAAAGGAAAACUAUUCUUUCUCUGUCUAGAAAUAUCAAACUGUGAAUUAAAAAGUGUUCUAAUGAUAGCUACAAAAUACAAAAUGCCCUUAAUUAGACAGAUAGCACUUUGGAAAUGACCCCAAUUAAUACAUCGUCAAUCCAAACAAAAGUAAUGUGCCAAAGAAUUUGUUAAACAAUACAAAAAAAAUCAGGUAAUAUUUUGGAUUGUGCUGUAAAAAAAAAAAAAAAAUAGAUCUGAGAAGAAUCUUUCCCUUUUUGGAAAUAGCAUUGGCCUUUCUGUGCUUUUUUUAGUUUUAAAAUUGAUACAUUGUGCUUUUGGUCUCUUACUGCACUAAAAAAAGGAAAGAAUAUUACCGAGCUUGUGAAACGGGAGGCACUUUUUUUUUUUUUUAAGUUCUGUUUUUCCAUUGCCAUUGAAAAAAAAAAAAAAUUAAAUGGUA